UCCCAACCCACACGAAGAGUCCCCCCUCCCCUCUCCUCGCGACUCGACGGCCCGCACGCUCGCCGUCGCCGCCGCAGCCGCCUCGCCGCGCCUCGAUUCCACCCCAAUCGCCGAUUCCAACCCCAAAAAAUCCGCCGCGCGCAGGCUGCUCUGCAGGGUUCCGUCGCGGAGGGCGGCUACGCGCGCGCCUGCGCCUCCAACGACUGCGAGCACCGCCGCCGCGGCAAGGCGUUGUCGGCGCCGCAGUUCGAGGAGCACGCGGGGGCGGCAUCGAAGGGCCACAACGACCACAUCUUCCUGACUUCCUCCCCAACGGCAAAUCGCUCCACCGCCUCUUCCACGAGCUCAGGGACGUGCCCGCCGAGCGCUUCCGGACGGCCGCCGGGGUGCCGAUGACGGUGCCCGAAUCGGACAUGCUUCAGGCCAGCGACGUGACGGUGGAGCAGCAGGCCCCCUCGGACGCCGCGGUGCAGGAGGCUCACACCGAGGACAUGCUCACCGAGGAGGAGAAGGCCGGCCUGUCCCUCCUUGACCUCUGCGGACGUAAUCCAGAGUCGGAUCCUAUGGGCGGCAUGGAAUGGCCUUCUCAGAUCCACCACGGCCUGAGUUUGAUAGACGCCGCACAGCAGAUUGAGAAUGCGGCCUGUGGCGACCAUGAGAUGCCUGAUGUGGUCGACGUAAGGAUUACAGGUGAAGAGCAACACAGGGACAAUGACUUGUCCACAGCCACCCAAGUCCAAGUGCAAGUCAUGGAAGCAGAGCGUCGGCCGGCGCGGGUGAAGCAAACAAAGCAUCGGCCAGAGCGAGUGCUGAAGAAGAAGUAUCGGCAAGUGGCAGAUACCAGGUUGGCGGAAACCAAGUAUAAGCCGGAUAGUUUACUUAGGGAGGUCAGAGGGUUGCUAUUCACCGGGCUUCUUGAAGGUUUCAGAGUGACCUACAGGAGGGAUGGGGUGGAGAUGCCUGGACGAAUAAACGGACAGGGAUAUUCCUGUGGCUGCUCACGAUGUGGUUACAGUACUAUAUUGAAUGCUUGUGAGUUUGAGAAGCAUGCUCGCAAGUCUACAAACAACCAAAAUGAUCACAUAUUCUUGGAGACUGGAGUUUCUCUCUAUAGGUUGAUACAGCCACUUAAAUAUCAAAGACUCGACUUGCUUGGGGACUUGAUUGAAGAACAGACUGGUCUCCCUCCAAAUUUGGUUGAAUAUGAAAAGUGGAAAGCUUCUUUUCAAGUGGAAGUGGAAUAUAAUGAUUCAGGUGCUGCGGCUUCAGAUUCUUGUUCAACUCAACGUUCACAGGAGUCUCCGGCAGGACUGACAACUCAUGUAACUAGAGCCACUACUUCGACAAGUGCCUUGAAAAAAUUUACUAGCGAUCCCAUCCCAAACCUGGACUGGAGUGCAUUCAGGAGGCCACGUUGGCAGUAUAAACAAGGAAGCAGUAAAACUUCAGCUCCAACCCUGAGUAGACGUCCUGGGAAAGAAACUUUCGGUCUAUCUACAAGAACUUCGAUGGAGACUGGCACUGAAGAAACUCCUGGCAAAAACACCUCAGGUCCACUCAGUUCUGAGGUUAUAAAGCCCAAUUUCAGGAGGCCACGGUGGCAGUAUAAACGAGGAAGCACUGAAUCUUCAGCUCCAACCUUGAGCAGAAGCCCUGAGAAAGGAACUUCGGAUCUAUCUACAGGAAUUUCAAUGAAAAGUGACACUGAAGAAACUCCUAGCAAGAAAACCGCAGGUCUACUCAGUUGUGAGGUUAUGAAGUCCAAUUUUGCUGCACCUGCUGCAGUAAUAUCACCGGCUUUACCAAGUCCAGUUUCAGUCGUUCAAGAGCCACCCCCAGAUCACAGUGUGGAGCCAAAGGCAAAAGAGUCACGGACAUCAAAAGUAAGGGAUAACACUUUGCACCCGCUGGUCUUCAAGGAGGGUGGCCUUCCAGAAUUUACUUUAUUGACGUAUAAGUUGAAGCACGGAGAGGUUCUAAAGCAAGGCUAUAAACGGGGUUCAUGCAUAGUCUGUGAUUGCUGCAAUGAAGAGCUUACUCCUUCACAAUUUGAAGACCAUGCUGGAAUGGGGAAAAGACGACAACCGUAUCGUAACAUUUAUACUCUAGAAGGAUUGACACUCCAUGAACUGGCACUAAAAUUGCAAGACAGUCUAAAUUCAAAUGGAGUCAGCAGCGUUGAUUUCUCCGACAUCGAUGACCCCCCUAACCUUGCUUCUUCAGGUUGUAGCAAAGAACGCUCCACCGCCAGCAGACCUAUUAUUGUUCCAUUCAAACGGACAUUACAAGAAAGCAUUGUUAUAGAGAGCUGCCAUUUGUGUGGUGAUGCCUCUACGACAGUUGGAAAAAUCAGUGAAGACAUGAUCAUCUUCUGUAACCAGUGCGAGAGACCGUGCCAUGUUAAAUGCUACAAUAAUGGACUUCAAGAAAAGAAGGCACCUCUGAAUGUUUUGGGAGAGUAUGUGAAGUUUCACUUCUGCUGCUGUCAAAAAUGCCAGUUACUUCAUGCUUCUUUGCACCAAGUGCUGAACAACCGUGAAAAGAUCAGACAUCAAAGGUCCAAUGUUUGUUGGCACCUUUUAAGUGGAAUGAAUCUGAGGCGCGAUGUGCAGCAUUACAUGAAUCAGAUUAUCGGAAUCUUCAAAGUUGCAUUUCCUGAAACAGAUGGUCAUGAGAGUGAGGUCAUCCAAGAUAUGGUUACUGCGGUUUUAAGCAGUGGAAAGAAGGAUUUUAGAGGAGUGUAUUGUGCAGUGUUGACCACAAGCAGUAAACUGGUUUUAUCAGCUGCAAUUCUGAAAGUGCGAACGGAAGAAGUUGCAGAACUUGUCCUUGUUGCUACACAUCCUGAGUACAGGAAUAAGGGCUACUUCAGACUUCUCCUAAGGCAAAUUGAGGCACAUCUGACAGCCCUGAAUGUUCGACUUCUCACGGCUCCUGUUGAUCCUGAAAUGGCCUCAAUCUGGUCGAACAGGCUCGGCUUCACCGUUUUAACGAACGAAGAGAAGGAGUCACUGCUGGAGAAACACCCCCUGGUGAUGUUUCAGGACCUGACAUUGAUGCAGAAACCACUUGCUAGCAAGCAGCCUGAUCCCGUGGUUUCAACAAACCAAGUUAUAAUUACAGAGCCAAGUGAUCCCGUGCUUUCAACAAACCAAAUUACAGUUACAGAGCCGAGUGAUCCCGUGGUUUCAACAAACCAAGUUACUAUUACAGAGCUGAGUGAUCCCGUGGUUUCAACAAACCAAGUUACUAUUACAGAGCUGAGCGCAGAGUUUUCAUAUCUUACACCGCCAGACGGGUGAUUAGAAGCUCAACCUUUGUAGAGAUAUCUCUAGUGCAGUAGCCUAUAGCUUAAUUAUGCACCCAUCUCAUCGGCCGAGUGGGUGCAACAUGCCGCGUGUGUGCUUGAUAUCUGUUGCCACACGUGUGUCAAGUUUAGAUGUGAUGGCAAAUGCUCUUGCCCGAGAGCGGUCUCAGGUGCAUAACUUAUGGUUUGUAAACUCAGUUCAGUUUAGCAGAUUGUGUAGCUGAUGUCAAUAUCUGUUGCAAUUGCACGUGUACUAGUCGUUUUGGUGUAAAUUUUGCAGUCUUGGGGUCUUUGAUAAUGUGCCUUAUGCAGUAGCA